AUGUCGAACCUUCUCAAUCUCAGCGACGAGCUCCUUAUCAUGGUCUUGACCAUGCCAUGGACCGAACGCCUUUCUGGAUCGACGAAUGUCUCCAACUCCCGCGGUUUCAUUACUGCGCUGCUGGGCACUCCCGACGUUUUCGCCGACCAGGACGUCCACCGAGAAGACUGGCUCAUAAUAAACUCAACAUGCCGUAGCUUCCGCCGAUUGGGAAAGGAAAUCUUUUUCCGUACGAAGCCCUUUCUCAUGUCCCUCGCGAUGCGCGAGAAACUCCUUGACGGAGAAUCCUGGCUUGACGUCGAGCCCCCAACGCAAGAACAAACUUUGAAUUUGUACAGGUGGAAGGAGGGACAAAUAUCGGCCACUGAUGACCAACAUCGCGUAUUCGAUUACCGAUAUGAGCUAGACAGUUGGUGCGCUUUGAGCGCUCAAGACCGCGGCCUUGCGGUUUCAAACAUCCGACACAUUGUCUUCUCAGAUAUGGCUGCUUUCCAAAGGCUACAUCUUGCAAUUAUCAAGAUUCCCAAGCUGACGAACAAAUUCACUGCCCUACAACGGUGCGAUAUCGUAGUCCGGGAAAAAAACACGAGGGAUGAACCUGGAGAAGCAGUCAAAGACUAUCAGCUCUAUCUCAAAGGCCAACAAGAUGAUGACAAUCAAGAGCCCGACGGUGAUUUGCGUCACACGGUCGCCGAACUUGAAGCGAAGUUAAAGAUUCUUGGUAUGAAAGACAUCAAGCUACGUCUGUGUCCUGGCCAAGGAGGUCACGAACAGUGCGAACGACCACGCCUAGAGAGAGAGGUGUUUCCUUUGUUGAGAUUCAUAGUGGGAACAGUCAGCAGGAAGAAGUAG